AUGCGCACUGCAACUAAGCUGUCACAGCUAAGCACCUUGGUGGCCAAGAAGUCCGCUGUUGAAGACAUACUUGAUGCUUACAAUAGUCAUAUUUCAGACCGUAAAUGCCUGCCGUUUUACUUUAAUCGCCGGGCUGCUGUGAUGCUUGCAACGGACGGUGUCUUCUCGAAUAACUCCGUGGCUCCAAGCCUUGCCUAUAUCACGUUUGAUAAGAUACAGACACUUCGCAAGAAGCAUGUGUACACGCCACCUUAUAAAAGAGUCAAUGAAAUAGUCAACGCACCCGGUCUCCGUAUCAGGCAGAAAAGGCUGGAUUCUCUUGAACCCCAAAAUCCCGCCGAAGACCCAUACAUCGUGACGAUACUGAUCGCUUUAGCCCAGGAGCAACGGCGGCGUCGACAGCAGCAGGAAGGAUCGUACUUUUGCGUAUUCUGCAAUAAUUAUUUCGCGCGCAGUGACAAUCUCCGUGACCAUUAUGCGGUUUGCGCUGAACGCGGUGACUCAGGGAUCCCUGAAUGGUUCACAGAGGUAGGCAGCGAUACGCUUGUCAACUAUGUACCAUAA